GCAGGAAUCGCCUUGGAAUGGAAUCUGGCGCCAUACCUGAUGACAGCAUCACGGCAUCUUCUUCCCGGGCAUCUUACGAGCCCUACCGCGGUCGGUUGAGCGGAGUUGCUGGUGCGGGCGGUUGGGUACCCAGAACCAACACCAUCGGGGAAUGGUUACAGGUGGAUUUAGGAGAAAUGAAGACCGUCACAGGCACCAUCAUCCAGGGUCGCUCCAGUCAAGACCAGUGGGUUACCUCCUACAAACUACAGUACAGUGAAGAUGGCGUUAGUCGGACCACGUAUGCAAGUAGCGAUGGCACCGAAAAGGUGUUUCCAGGCAACACCGUGCAGGACACCGUUGUAAUCAACUUGCUGGACAGUCCCAUUGAUGCCCAGUAUGUGCGUUUCCUGCCUCAAUCCUGGCAUGGCCAUAUGAGUAUGAGGGUGGAGGUUCUAGGCUGCAGCGUUAACGAUGACGACUCUAAUGGCAUCAGUCCCUCUGCUGUACUUCGCUUGAACUUCGCUGGGAAGUUUCUUGCUGACCCCUCAACUUACAACAACUACAACACAAGCUUUAACAUCAGCACGUUCGAUCCUCUGAAAUAUCCUGGCUGGAACCCAACAGGAACCCAUGAUUUCCGGUUGGUCAACUGUACGGUGACGCAAGUCUGCUUCGCGGAUGGAACGCGCAGCACUUGGGACACAACUGUUGGCAAACCUAUCAUAGGCUCGGCAGGCAAGCUGGUGGAUCUGGAUCCAGACGACCAAGCACAAUCUCAGAUUUGGGGCCUCCAGGUCGGCGUGGAUGGGUUCUUCAAAGGGGAUUUCACACCACGGUCAUUCAACCACAUGCACGAGGCCUGUGAAGGACGGGAAUGCUCUACAGUGUCUAAAAUGACUCAGUUUUCUGCAGUUUUCUUUUCGACUUUACAGAACGUGGAGUGGAUCAACGGGCCGCUUUCAUAUAAUUCCGAGUUCUUAAAACAGGUCAUGUCUCUCAGUCGUAUGCCCGGAUUUCAGUUGCACAUCAAACUCAACGUCUAUAACAUGGUAGUGGAGUCAGAGUCUCCAGACUUUCCGUAUGGUCGUGUAACUGGAACCAUAUAUGCCAAAGUGUCGGAGAAUCCUCGUCCUUACGGUCCGUACAACAGAAUGCUGUGGGGCCCUCCGAACAAGGGCAGCGGGCACGUACCGUUCUAUGUUGAAAUCAAAGAAAGGAAUAAAGUAGUGUUGGACUUUGCCAACUUCCUGAAGUUCGACUUCAAAGGUAACGUGGUCGGACAAUCAGAUGAAGCCCUGUAUCUAACUCAAUACAGCGGACCAACAUCACGACUAUGCGAACUUCUGGAGGAUACAUACAACCUGGGAGAAAUCAGACUGGGUGGCAACGACUGGUUUCAGAGGACUGCAGGCAUAGUUGAAGUUUCAGUAAAUCACGAGGCAAUUGAAACAAUUGAGAACAACCACUUGGCGGUUAUUCAACAAAAAACCCAAACGAAUUGCGAGCUACUGGUGGAGGAAAGACAAGACGGCUUGUUUGUCCAGGCCAUUGACAAUCGUGUUGCGCGAAAAGAACCCGACCAGGAAUGGCAGAUGAAGUUUCGUGCUUUCCAGUUUGGCAAGUCUGCUAAAGAGGUUUCCAUCAACCCCAUUCAAAUCAGUCCAGACCCUUUCUUCCAACGAGCAAUAACUAUUGUCAGCUCUAAACCAUCCGGCGACAACGGCAUUUCGUCGAUAACGUUCCAGUCCACGGAUCCGGGGGAGCCUAGAAAGGAACAGCAACUAGAUGGCCAGGUGUACAUGUACCUUAUAAGGGCCAAGAAGGGAGACGACGGAACAGAAUUCACGGUUGAUGACUUAAUGGUCUCAGUCCACCUUUAUUCAGGGUACACCAUCCCCAAGAACGUGACCUGGUACGAAUAUGUCUACCCGAUAUUCCAGCAGUAUGCCAAUCUCUAUCCCGCCAUGAAGCCAAUAAUUAACCUUGGGAGCUACGAGGAUGUUGCUAGAAAAAAGAAAUUACUCAAACACGCCCUAACACUUCCUGAAACGGACCCAAAUCACAUGCCAGUGACCAGGGACUUAUCUCCAAAAAAACGACAAAUGAUUUUACAAUGGUUAAAUGAUCUACACCCAUCCUCAGAUCUCCCACGAGUGGGUACCACUACCACCUCCUUAGAUGAACUAAAAAAGACCCUGCAGAUAGCUCUACAGCUGGAACUGUCUACCAUUCCCCCAUAUCUGAGUGCGCUGUUCUCGAUAAAAGAUGGCGAAAACAAAGAGGUGGCGGCCCUGAUCAAAAGUGUCGUUGUCGAUGAGAUGAAACACAUGACUCUAGUUGCCAACCUUCUGAACGCGAUUGGCGGUUCACCAAAUUUGAACACCCCAUCUAUAGUACCGUCCUAUCCAGCACCACUUCCGGGGGGCGCCAACCCUGGUCUUGUAGUGAAGCUUGCGAGAUGCUCAUUAAACCAGAUUCGAACCGUCUUUCAGGGGAUAGAGAGGCCGAACUGUGAAAUGGAGGAUUCUGAUUUAGUUAAAUAUCUUCGCAGUCAUAAAAGCGUUCUCGGCGCGUACAGGAAUGUCGGUCCAGACGGAGCCAGGUGGCUAGUCGGAUCGCACCAUGUGGACACGGACGAAAUUUUAAAACACUGUCAUGAGAUAACGACAAGGCCUCAGACCAUCGGUGGCAUCUACAUCCAUCAGAUCCUCUGCCCUAUGGUCGAACUGCAGAAACAGGCACUCAAAAAAAGGCAAACUCUGUUUACAGGAAUCAUAAACAGGCAAAUAACGAGUGACCAAUGGCUUGGGACCGAUGACAGUUCCCCAUUUGCAGUGAAGGAUCUUGACAGUGCAGUAUCUGCCAUAGUGGACAUCGUCUCUGAGGGCGAAGGGAGUGAUCCUUGCGACCCGUUUGAUGAGAACUACGAGCUUUCACACUACUUCAAGUUUGCUGAGAUGGUGCACGGGUGGAGGCUGGGAGAAAUAGGCCUAAAUGACACAUCAUCUGUCCACCAAUGCUUUCCGGAAUUUUCCCCAUGUGAUGACAAGGUAAAAUGUGAGAAGACAUUCGGCUUCGUUGGCCAAAUGGUGCCUUUCUUCGAAGACGGUGUCUGGCCGACCAUUUCUAACCCGCGCACCGACAGCUACCCUCAAGGCUCGCAGGCUCGCAAAUAUUCUGACAACUUCAACAUGGUGUACACAGGCCUGCUGAAGUGUCUUCACGAAGCUUUUAACGGAAACCCGGACAAGCUGAAGAACGACUGCAUGGGCAUGAUGCAUUCACUUACUGCCUGGGCUAACAAGCUGGUGCAGACACCCAUGGACCCGAAUGGAGAUCCCGAGAUUGGGCCAAACGCAGCACCAACCUUCGAGUUUCACUUUACUUAGAACUCCAUGAUAAUACGUUCCUUUAAACAGCACCAUGAAACCAUCACCGUCCCAUCAGCACCAUGAA